ACACUUCUCUGCAUAUAUUUGCUUCUCCGUUUCUCAUUUCUCAACUCUCAAACUCAAAUCACUUCCUUUGUCUCAGUGACUCUAGUCUAUCUCCAAUGGCUGAACGAGUCUAUCCCGCCGAUUCACCACCACAAAGCGGACAAUUCUCCGGCAACUUCAGCUCCGGCGAAUUCCCCAAAAAACCAGCACCACCACCAUCAACAUACGUAAUCCAAGUCCCAAAAGAUCAAAUCUACCGUAUACCACCGCCGGAAAACGCACACCGCUUUGAACAACUCUCUCGUAAAAAAACCAACCGCAGUAACUGUAGAUGCUGCUUCUGCUCAUUCCUCGCCGCGGUUUUCAUCUUAAUCGUCCUCGCCGGAAUAUCCUUCGCGGUUCUCUACCUAAUCUACCGUCCCGAAGCUCCUAAAUACUCCAUCGAAGGAUUCUCUGUUUCCGGUAUCAAUCUGAAUUCAACAUCUCCGAUUUCGCCGAGUUUUAACGUUACCGUUAGAUCACGUAACGGUAACGGUAAAAUCGGGGUUUACUACGAGAAAGAAAGCUCUGUUGAUGUGUAUUACAACGACGUUGAUAUAAGUAACGGUGUUAUGCCGGUGUUUUAUCAGCCGGCGAAGAAUGUAACGGUCGUUAAGUUGGUUUUAAGUGGUUCUAAAAUACAGUUGACUAGUGGUAUGAGGAAGGAGAUGCGUAAUGAGGUGAGUAAGAAAACGGUGCCGUUUAAGUUGAAGAUUAAAGCUCCGGUGAAGAUUAAGUUUGGUUCUGUUAAGACGUGGACUAUGAUUGUUAAUGUUGACUGUGAUGUAACGGUGGAUAAAUUGACGGCGCCGUCGAGGAUUGUGUCGAGAAAAUGCAGUCAUGACGUGGAUCUUUGGUGAUGAAUUUGCUCUUUGUUUUUUUUUUUUAAAGAAGAAAAUAAGAAAAGAAAUGAGUACAGAGGAUGUUUUUGGAUUUGUAGGAUUUUUUUUUUAUAAAUUAUAAUGUUGACUUUGCAUUUUUUAUUUUGGGAUGUUUUUUUUGAUGAGAACAUAUAAUGUUGUGAAUUUGUGAUUGGCCGGAACAUUUCCAAUUUGAACCUUAUUUUAUGUAAGUUGAAAACUUCUUUUUUGUACAGUUCACAUUUUGAAGGAGUAGUUUGCUGUUGAGAGAAUAAUAAAGUUGGUUUUCAACUUUAUAUAAUAAGAGGUUUUCAGUCAUUGGACAACCUCUGAAACCAU